GGAAAUUCUUGGGGAUUGUUUCUAGACGCACAUAUUUUAGAUUCCUCUUCUCUUCUCCCUGGCCCUUCGUCACUCCUUACUCAUAUAUGCCCCAUAGGCGUAUUCUUUUUGAAUGCUUGGCCCCUCUUUCAUCCUUCAUUCAGGUUCAAUCUGCCCGACUUGGGGUUUCUGCUUUGCUGGACCUUUGUCCCUUCACUGCCCCCAUCCUUUCUAUUUCACUUCCUUUCUAUCGUUCAUCACUCCACUUACUCAUACAUCCUCUUCCUAUGCUGAUACUUAUAUGUACAUGACCUGUCGCCAAGACUCGCCAGAAAAAUACAUCGAACAAGACAUACCCAAACCUCCUACUGUCCAAGAUCUUGUCAUUCCGAACAGUCGUGCACUUCCCUCCCAUUUAACUACUACGCAGUAACCGGAUAGACCGCCAUAGGUAUGGUACAAGG